UUUUAUUUUUUUCCCUCGAGGAGCUCCUUACAGCCGCUUAAAUUAACCACACACCUUACUGGACAGAAGAAAAAACAACUAAAGAAACAAAAGGAAACCGAACUGUUUAUUUUGUUUUUCUUAUUGCUUAAAGAGAUGGCGUCGAACGACUCGCGGCUACAUCAGCCCCCUCCUCAGAGAGACGCAGCCGACCAGAACUUUGACAGCAUGUUCAAGCUGCUGAUCAUCGGCAACAGCAGCGUCGGGAAAACCUCCUUCCUCUUCCGCUACGCAGACGACUCCUUCACCUCUGCGUUUGUAAGCACCGUGGGCAUCGACUUCAAGGUCAAAACAGUCUUUCGCAACAACAAGCGGAUCAAGUUACAGAUUUGGGACACAGCAGGACAGGAGCGCUACCGCACAAUCACCACAGCCUACUACAGAGGAGCCAUGGGCUUCCUGCUCAUGUAUGAUAUCAGCAACCAGGAAUCAUUCAGCUCCGUGCAGGACUGGGCAACACAAAUCAAAACCUACUCCUGGGACAACGCUCAGGUGAUCCUGGUGGGCAACAAAUGUGACCUUGAGGAUGAUAGGCUGAUAGCCACAGAGGAUGGCCAACGGCUGUCUGAUGAGCUCGGCUUUGAGUUCUUCGAGGCCAGCGCUAAGGACAACAUCAACGUCAAGCAAGUGUUUGAGCGUCUCGUUGACGUCAUCUGUGUCAAGAAUGCAGAGAUGGAGGCAAGCGCCAACCAGCAACCCAACAAUAAGGACCUGGACAUUAAAGACUCUCAAGAAAGCCACGGCGCCUGUGCUUGCUAAACCUCGCUUUUUUUUUUUUUUAAAUGAAGCCUCCAAACACACUCUGCCGCUCCCACAUACACCGAUAACUUAUAUGAAGAACAACUUCCACUCUGUGCCUGAACCCUGGAAGUGCGGAACCUCUCCUUCUGCUUUGUUCAGGCAGCCAGAGGGCAGCAAGCUGAGAUGUCUCCAACACGGCUGUAGUUUCCCCCAUGAAGAUGUUUGCUGUGUCUCUUUCUCUCUAUUUAGUUUUAUAACUGUGUAUGAAACCUUUCCAAUCUUCAGUCCAGCAUUAUCCGCUCUGCCAGGAAGCAUUUAAUAUUUAAAAAGUUAAUAGAAUAUGGGUUUUAAUGGUGUUACCGAAAUAAUUGAACACUAAUGUACGGAUUAAGCUCCCUCAGGUUAGAAGCCUUCAGUAAACACAUUCAACCACAACAAGGUUUUCUAUACAUUUAAUAAAAGACAUAGAAAAUGGGAAACCUCUUCAUGUACCAAAGAUACUUUUUCUUCCAGUGAGUUUAUGAUUUUAUCACAGCUGGGGGUCUUCUCUGUCUGCAGGUACAAUUCUAUUAAUUGCUCCUGAUGAAUUUUAAUAAAUAUUUAAAGCCAUUUGUUUGCAUGCACCAUAAAGCUGAGUAUUAAAAAAAAAGGAAUCCUUUUAUUAUGGUGGCAUCCAAUAAUCAAUUAUUUACAAUUAUAGGUAAUCAGUGUGGGUAAAAAUAUUACAUGUUGGGAAUGAUUAAAUUCUGCCCAAAAGUCUCUUAAAAAAACAUUACCUUUGUAUAUUUUAAUACUUGAUCCGUAGGAACUUCCUGUUCCCACUAAAUCAGAAUGGGCCAGCCGGUCCAGUUUUUUUAGCGAUCGCCUGUUGGGCGCGGAUACUGUACAUCCAUGUGGCCGCCACACUGUGACCUUACUGGAAACGCAGGUAAAGGGUUGUCGGGGGCAACAGGUCACCUCAGCAACCAUUCAAGGCUUUCUAAAUGCCAGUCGGUUGUUUUGAAGCGAUUUCCAUCCAAUUAUUAACAUUUAGAGCUUUCUUAAAUCAACUAGAACCUGAGAUGAGACAAUAUUUGAUCAUCUAUAAGAUGGGUUUUAACAAGAUACUGGACCUAAAAGCUCUUCAUGCAUAAAGUAUGGGGGAGGAUGUGUGAUGCUCCGGGCUUGUUUAGAACUAUUUGUUUUACUUAGACCUGUUUAAUAAAAGGUUUCAUUUACUGUAAUCUGUCAUCUCAGAGGAAGCAGAGUCACAUGACCUGCCUCAGGUCCUCAGUGGUCUAACUGGGCUAUUCUUUCUUUAAGGCGUUUUGCCUGAGACUAAAUAUUAACCAGCCUUGUCUUUAAUUUCUAAAUGUAUUUUACCUGGAGAACACAAUGAAAAACCAAAGGUGACCAAAUUAAUAGAUUCCAUUACUUUUAAACCCACUGCUGCCCUAAGAUUAUCUGGAGCCUGUAUUUGUCGUAAUCCACUACUUUAUAUUGGUGGUAAAUGAUCCUGCUGAGAUUAGUAAAUCUCCCUAAAGUGAAACUGUGAGCCCAGAAAAGCAGGAACACCGAUUGCUGACAGCGAUAAGUCAAAGCCUCCAUGAUGCUGCUGUUGCAACAAAAAAAGCCCACUUUCUUCCCCUUUACUGUUAUAAUUCAUUUAUCUUUGACCAAGAAAUAAAUCAUGUGCUGUAUGAUUUAUGUUUUUCACAAAUAUUAAACCUUUUCCUCACCAAACAUUUUCAGUCUUUCAUUAAAAUCUACUUUUAAUGGAAGAAAAUGUAAGUUUUCCUUUGAUUGGUUCAUUUUUAAGGUUAGUAUCUGAAUGUGCUGAACCAUCUGAAUUUAUCACAGUGCUGACCAGUAACUGUCACUAUGAAGCAGAGCUGAUAACCCAUGCUUUAUGCAGGCCCAUCCCUCCAUGCAGUGGUCAGUCCCCCUCCCUCCUGCUAAAUGAGCGGCUGCUGCUGGAUUGUGAUAUAAUGUUCAUCAUCAGAAGUGUUAGCUAAUGCUAAAAAUGUUAUCUAUAAACUGAGCUUUGAUGCAACAUGGAAAGCCAAUAAAA